GAGGAGACACUUCCACCUAGGCGUGUUUCUCGCCGCCUCCGACGGGCUGGAUAAGCGAACACGCCAAACAGCUUGAAAAUCGCACUCUUCCCACUCGUGUCACGUCUUUAUUACAGAAUAUUUGCUCGAAUAAGAUCGACCGGUCACAGGUGAUAAUCAAGCCGCUGGCGUCACACGUAAACUGGCGUGGAUUUGAAUGUCAGCCGGGUCAAGGUUCGCUCCUCCACGGGUGGAUAGUUCGCGUGAAAAACGUCCAUGUGAGGGAAAAACACCAGCCUUUGGAUGAAUGUACAUGAACAGGGCGUGAAGGAGUCCGCGUCGUGGGAUUAAUGAACCGCCGCAGAAAAGGACCGCAAAGUGGACCAUGAUGACGAUGUGACUGCGCCUUUUUUUGUUGUUGUUUUGUUUUUUUAUAGGGAAAAUGCAAAAAUGUGUCACGCUGUUUAGUGCAUAAUCUGCGGGAUUAGACCAGGAGAGCAGCGGGCGGUGUGCGAUCGUGAAGCCCGGCCGACGAGCCGUCAUGUCGGCGGUGAUGAUCACCAGGAAGGCGCGGAAAUGGGAGAAACUGCCGGGCAAGAACACUUUCUGCUGCGAUGGGCGGGUGAUGAUGGCCCGGCAGAAGGGAGUCUUCUACCUGACCCUCUUCCUCAUCCUCGGGACCUGCGCCCUCUUCUUCGCCUUCGAAUGUCCAUACCUGGCGGUCCACCUGUCUCCCGCCAUCCCAGUCUUCGGUGUCGUGCUCUUCCUUUUCGUCAUAGCCAUGUUGCUGAGGACCAGCUUCAGUGACCCGGGGGUCCUUCCUCGGGCCCUCCCAGAGGAGGCCACGUUCAUCGAGAUGGAAAUUGAGGCCGCCAAUGGCAACGUUCCCAGCGGCCAGCGCCCGCCGCCUCGCAUCCGCAACGUCCAGAUCAACAACCAGAUCGUCAAGCUCAAGUACUGCUACACGUGCAAGAUCUUCCGGCCGCCGCGAGCGUCCCACUGCAGCAUCUGCGACAACUGCGUUGACCGCUUUGACCACCACUGCCCGUGGGUGGGCAACUGCGUGGGCAAGAGGAACUACCGCUACUUCUACUUGUUCACGCUUUCCCUCUCGCUGCUCACCAUUUACAUCUUCACCUUUGACAUCGUCCACGUGGUCAUGCGCUCAGUGGAUGAUGGCUUUCUGAGCACGUUGAAGGAAACACCCGGAACUGUGCUGGAGUUGCUGGUGUGUUUCUUCACCCUUUGGUCAGUGGUGGGCUUGACGGGCUUCCACACCUACCUGAUCUCUCUCAACCAGACUACCAAUGAAGAUAUCAAAGGGUCUUGGUCGGGGAAGAACCGAGUGCAGAACCCCUACAGUCAUAAGAACAUCGUUAAGAACUGCUGCGAGGUGCUGUGUGGGCCGGCGUACCCCAGCGUCUUGGACAGACGGGGGCUGAUGCAGGAGGACUCGCCGGUUGCCGCGGCGUCCGCCCUCUCCUUCAAUAACAGCAGCAACCCGGCGCUGCAAACCACUAAAACCACGGCGCCGCUCAUCCCAAACGAGCACACACCGGACGAAGCCAAGCCGAGCGUCGCCGCCUCGGCAGAGUCCGACUCGUCCUCCCCCAAAGAGGACCGCCCCUCCUCGACCGCCGUCCCGCCUUUGGCGUCCCCCGAGGCCGACGCCGAGGCCUCCGCGGUCAAGGACAAGAGCCACUAGCUGCACCAGCGGCCUCCCUCUUCAGUCCCGUACGGACGGGCACUUGAAUCAUCGAGUGACACAUCCUCCUCGGGGAGAGGAGUGAUUUCAUGGAACGUCAGCAUCUUUGACGAAAACCCACCCUGGGGGGGAAGGAGGACUACUGGAGGCGGGGUAACAGUGCGCAUGACAAACCCACUCAGAUUAUUAUUAAAAACAUGAAACGUGAGCGUCUCCUAUACUCCAGGGACGACUUCUCCACUAGUGUAAAUCCUCAUCCGAGUCCAGUGUGUGCACACAUACAUACCCUAUGCAAAUCAUCAAGGCUGGGUGUAAAUAGACACACCUGUGUAGCAGUCAUACUCUAAAGGCUCCAUACAGUAUUCUGAGAAUUGCUGCAUCCAGUACUGUUACUAGAAACUGCAAUGUCCGCCCUUUCCUUUUUGAUAUAUUCUUGUACAAUACCGUAUCCUGAUAAACACGCUUCAUGCACAUGAAA